UUAAAAAUGUGGGGGAAAAAACCAUAAAACUUAUCAACAACAAGAUCUGACAGAUCAGUUUACAGUUAAGUUUCCCGUUGAAGGCUCAGCAUCUUUUAGGCCAGAAUAUUGAAACAAGGACGGUAGUGCAUUGAUGCAGCUCUAAAUUUCACUUUGAUUUCGUCACAAUGCCUGGAGGCCCAUAACACGAUCAAACAUGUCGUCUAGACGCACAAGUCCGAAGUCCCCAAUACGCAUUUCAUAAUAGCAGGUGCAACCCAUUUCCUUCGAAACAAUCGAGCGGGAACUGAGCAGUUCACUUGUUUCUUAUUAAGUAGUCAUAUCGCGCCAAGAAGUUUACUCUGAUUCGUCAUUUGUUUUCUCAUGUGGUAUCUAUUAGUGGCAGGUAUUAUUUGCAUAUAGAAACACCCCUAGAAUAUCUAUAAAAAUGGAGCAGUGUGACCAGGACACAAUAUUACGCUCAUUGGUAGACUUGACAAAGCUCCUAGAUUUGAACCCCAGAUUCCUCUCUCUUCUGCAACAAAAAUAUAGGGUUUUCUCACAACAGAUGGUUGAGGAUAUUUUGAAAAAUGAAACUCCUGCAUUAGAGUUGUGUUUCAUGCUUGUCAAAAGAGGCCCAAAUGCCUACAAUAAUUUUGUGGGUGCUUUAAGAGAGACAAAUCAGUUGGAAGUUUUGUCUGUCUUGGAAGUUACCCGUUCCAAUUUGAACCAACCUGCUUACCAGUUUAUUCCUUCCAGGGAAACAAACGCUAUUCCCAUAAGAAGGAGAAAUCAAAGUGGGGAAAGCAGAGACAUCAGCAAUGGAGACUUUAAUUUGUCAAAUGUACUCUACUCAUCAUCAUCACCACAGUGUGAUGAAUACAGGAGAAGAGUACUUCAGCCUCCGAAUUACAUCGAAGUGGAUCCUUUUCAACCCGCCCCACGCGAACGCAGCAGUUCGUUCCGAGGUUCUCCAGUGACAGAUGCUUUGCCACCUGAUUAUAACUUGCUUGAUAUUCGCGUGACGAUCGGAGACGAAAUUAAAGGCCUUGGACAGGAUAUCUAUCCAAAUCGAAACAUAUUUCCCAGGGGUCUAGCUUUGAUUAUGAACUUUGAGAAAUUUAACGGCGACAUUGUUGGUCGCCGUGUUGGGUCAGAAAAAGACGUAAUUCAUCUAGACCAAUUGCUCCAACAACUUGGCUACAAAGUCAUAAUCAAAUCUGAUUUGACGUGGAACGAGACAAAUGACGAGUUGGAAUUGUUCACGAAAAGCGAAGAUCACACUGAAGCGGACUCUGUGGUUGUGGCUGUCAUGAGUCACGGAAAAAGUGGAACUCACGACGAAGGAACUCUUAUAUACACUAAGGAUUGCAAAUUCUUCUCAUCCGAAGACCUGCUCCGUCGCUUCAAUAAUUUAAAUUGUCCAUUGCUCAAAGGCAAACCGAAGAUUUUCUUUUUCCAAUUUUGCCGAGGUGAUAACAUCGACAUUGGCCAUCGAAUUGCUCCUGUAGUUUUCCAGUCUGGCCGAACGGUUACCGACGGUAAUCCUGUUCCAACGUCUCCAACAGAAAUCGAGAGGUCUUACGGUGACAUGCUCAUUACAUAUUCCACACUUCCAGGUUACGUGUCCUAUCGUGAGGAAAGCGAGGGUACUUGGUUUAUCAAAGCCCUGAGUUUGACAUUCAUGAGAGAUGCCCAUGAAUGCCACGUCGAUCGUCUGCUGCAAAUAGUUGACGAGCAGAUUCGUCAUUGGACUGGAACAAGAAAUGGGAAGCAAACCUUGGAGAUCAUCAAGAGGGGUUUCAACCGUAAAUUCUACUUCAACCCUGGGCUCUGGAAGAUCCAGUGAUCUCUGUCAGAACUUUCAAGUAAAAUAUUUCCAACUGAUUAUCAAUGAAUUAAUUGUGGUAUUAUUAGUACUUAUUUGGCCUUCCAUUUCAACCAAGCAAUUUAUUGGAAUUUGCAAUCAAGUGUCUUUCACAGUGCACCUUACACAAUACUUUAAGAUUUCCUUGUCUUCACUUCUGUAAUUUCUUGUGAGUUUCUGUGAGUUUAGUUAUGCUCAUCUUUGUUUCAGAAUGAACUUUGUCUCUAUCAGCAAUGAAGAGAAGGUUGCUGUUCCCAUGACUUUGGUAUACUUUCUGCAGAAAAAAUAGAUUUGUUUAGUUAUUA